UGACAAUGCACUAUAAACAUGAUAUUUGUUGUUUGUGAGCAGGGUAACAAAUCUGCAUUCCUUCUUCAUAAUUGUUUACAUCUGCCAUUGGUUGGAGCUUCAAUUCUAUUGUUUGCACAGACAUAGGGUGAUAUUGUGCUGGGUUAUUGUACAUGCAAAGCUGCAGAGUGAGAUUUGAUUGGGAUUCUCUUUCAGUUGAUGAGAGACCCACGAGGACUGGAACAAGUGAGGGGCAGCUGGGUGAGACCAUUUGUCCUAUGUCCAUCUCUACUGACCGACUGCAGCACUCAGACUGAGUUCCAAAGUGAAUUUGGUCUCACAUAUAUGGAGUUUGUCACAAACAGUGGCGACUAUUGCCAGGCUCAACACGUAUAAUUCAUAGGAGGAUUAGGAAUCGUUCAGUGGCUGCCAAAUUCUCGGUGCUUCAGCCCAUCAUUUUACUAUUUUGUGGAUCACUUUUGUUUUGUCAAACACUGAUGGGGUAAUUGAGCAAGCUACUGUGGGGACUUUGGAUUCCACCCAUUUGUCUUUCAUCUAGAAAAAAAAAUUCAUGAACAUUAUGGGAGUUGCCUAAAUCUCGCACAUCCAUACAGAACAUCUGUGUGGUUUUCGAGUGACUUGGACACAAGAUUUCUUGCAUGUAAAGUUAUAUAGCACUGUCAGCUGCACUUGAACAGCUUUUAUUUAUUUUUCGAUUUGGAGUAAAAUCUCAUUUGUAAAUGACCGCCAUGAAGGCCCGGCGCCCAGAACCCGCUGAAAUCGAGUUCAAGAACAUGCGUUUCUUGAUCAUGGAUCGCCCGACUGACGCAACAAUGGACAAGUUUAUUGAGGAACUGAAGAAGAGGAGAGUUAAAGAUGUAGUUAGAGUUUGUGAACCAACUUAUAAAACAGAGAAACUAGUGCAAGAGGGAAUUCGAGUAUUGGAUUGGCAGUUUGAUGACGGUAACCCGCCCCCAGGAGAAGUGGUGGAUGAAUGGUUCAAUCUGCUCAAGACCCGCUUCAAGGAAGAACCCGGCUGUUGUGUAGCCGUUCACUGCGUGGCAGGUCUGGGGAGGGCUCCAGUCUUAGUAGCCCUUGCACUGAUUGAAUGUGGAAUGAAAUAUGAAGAUGCAGUUGAAUUAAUCAGAGAAAAGAGACGGGGAGCCAUCAAUGCCAAGCAGUUAAUGUUCCUGGAACACUACCGUCCUAAAUCUCGAUUGAAGCAGCGCGGUAACGGACACAAGCAAUGCUGUAUAAUGUAGCUCUAUCUGGAAAAAUUGUCCUUAGUAGUAGCCAUCAUCAAAUAAGUCAUACUAAACAUGCUGAAUUUGUGAUAUGUACAUCCUUUAAAAGAAAAAAAAGAAAGUAUUUUUUUGUUGAUAUUCCAAUUGUUUCAUGUUGUAAUUAUUUAAAUUAUCCAGUUUAGUGUGUGUUAUUCACUGUUCUGUACAAUGCCAUAAAUGAAUUGGAAUGUGUAUUGAAUAUCCAGCUUUUACUUUUGUAAUCUGUUAGCAGAAUUCUGUUUGUCAAGUCAUUGGGAUUAUUUUAUUUUGCUCAGUUGCAUCACAAGACCAUCUAUCAGAGAAAAUGACACCUCCCUUUAAGCAAAAAAGAAAAGGAUUUUUUUAACACGAUGUGUUGGAGUCAGCUGUUUUACAAACAUGACUUGUAUUUGUUUGUAAAUUGUCAAGUCCAGUAAACUACAUACUUGCCAUGCAGUGUUAAAGAUGUAGAAUUGUGUUCAAGAAAUAUAAAUUAUUACCACAUCAAUAUCACACAUUGAGUUAACACUGCUCUGUUGUACACAGUAAUCUCUCAUGUUCCCCUUGUCAUCUCUAAUAGCCAGAGGAGGAUUUCAUAGUCCAUAUAAACGUCAAUAAGGCUUUUAAUCAUUUGGGUGAUUGGUUUUUAGUCUCCAAACUAUUUUGUUAUUCAUUGUAAUGACGUUUUGAAGAAAAAUCUGCUGCCAUUGCCGCCAAUUUUAAAAUUGUAUUUUUAUUUGAAUGGAUUGUAAAAUAAUAUUUUUGAUUCAAAACAUCUGAUUUUAUAUAUUUGCACCUAAUAAUAACAACAGAUCUAUGGAGAAGGGUGAAACUAGAUGUUCAAAAUCAUAAAAUUAGAAUCAUGAUUUGUUAAAUGCAUGGAUCAUACAUUUUCAAGAAAUAGACGAGUAGGUUAUCUCCCAUUGAACCUCACAGUAUAUACUAUAACAUUAAAUAGGAGGAGAUCACUCAUAGCAUUGGACUUUGUAUUGGUGCUUCCCCCUCCUAAAGACUUAUGUUUGUCAGAAAUGUAACUUUUAAUGUUUUACUAUGGCCCUUGGUAUUUAAUAGGUUAUGAAUGCCUUUAUUAUAUAUUUUUUCAUAUGCAUCAUUACUAUUGGUGUACAUAUAUAUAAGUUAUCAGUAUGUAUGUUAAGGGCAAUAAAAAUUAAUUUCAAAAUUGACAA